GGAGCUCCUUGAUCCCAUAGUAGAUUUUUUUUAUAGAUGUGAUGUAACAGCUGCCAUAGGCCUGAAGCAAGCUUGUUCAUCUCUAGGUCUAGUAUCUGUGACACAUAUCAGGUAUUCAGGUGCAUAAACUACACGACUCCCUCCCCUCUCUCUCUCCUACACCUAGCUCAGAAGAUUUGGAGAUGGAUCUUGCAAUAUCUGCCGUUACAGGUGACCUCGCCAGCCGAUUCAUCUCUUUUCUCAUGAACAAAUACGCGGAUCAUCUAUGCUCGGAGGAGAAGGCGGAGAGGCUGCAGCAACUCCUGUUGAGAGUUCACACGGUCGUCGAGGAGGCGGACGGACGAUGCAUCACCAACUCUUGUAUGCUCAUGCAGUUGAAAAAGCUGUCGACCCUCAUGUACCAAGGGUACCAUGUGUUGGACAACAUCAGGUACAGGCAAGAUAAGGAGACAUCUAAGGAUUUGGUCAGCGAUUCAUUUACCUCGUCUGAUUAUAUCAUUCCAUUCAAACGUGCUCGCACAAGUUCUUCGACAAACAAGGCCACCAACUCGGAGUUACAAAGUGCACUUCAGAGUCUGGAAGCUGUUGUUGACCACAUGGUGGAGUUCGUCGUGCUUUUGGCCGGAUGCGAGCGCGUCUCCCGGAGACCGUAUGAUGCCUAUCUUCAGGUCGACAACUUCAUGUUUGGUCGGCAUGUCGAGAAGCAGAAGAUCAUCAACUUCUUGCUGCAACAGGACAUACCUGGUCCUCCGGCGGUACUACCGAUCAUUGGUGGACGUGGAGUUGGGAAGAAAACCCUUGUGGCACAUGUAUGCAGGUAUGACAGGGUGCGUUCUCACUUCACAGUUAUUUUGCACCUGAGUGGAGACGGUCUUACCAAAAUAACAGACAAUGAAAUUCCGUCAGGGAAGAUACUGGUAGUUGUCGAGUUUGCUUCUGAUGUAGAUGCCGAUGACUGGAGGACAUUCUAUUCAUCUGUUACCAGCAUGGACAGAGGAAGCAAAGUUAUAAUCUUAGGCCGAAAUGAAAGCUUGAAGAAACUUGGGACCGUACAGACUAUUUCUCUGAACCGUCUGGCAUUCGAAGAGUACAAUUACCUGCUCAAGACGCUCGCAUUCGGAAGCGCGAACCCGGGAGACCAUCCGCGGUUAGCAACGAUAGUGGAAGAGUUUGCUGUAGUGUUGGGAGGAUCACUCAUCCCAGCAAACUUGAUUGCACAUGCACUGAGAAAGAACCUGAAUGCCCAUUUCUGGCUUAGCACAUUGAACAGGAUCAGAAUCACAAUGAAGAUGAACAUUUCCAGGUUUGGCGUCCAUCCAAAUGAGCUGUUGGAUCAGGGCCGUCCGGUACACCUCGGCCCUCACUACCUCUUGUCUCCUGCUGCUCCCUCUCCUAGCUCUCCAAAUAGCAGUCUACCCAAACUGGUUUUUGGGGAUUCGCUAGCAGAAGCAGGCCGUACUGUUCCACCAAAGGGAGAUUUUUGGCUAAUCGCAUGGGAGUCAAGGUUACCUCCAUACACUUCAUUUGCUCAUCUGGUUCGCUUUGUUCCAAGUUGUGUUGAUGAUAAACCUGAAGCAUCCUUGUCAGGGAAGAAGCGUCUGGGGCCAUCUGCCUAGUCUCAUGCCACAUAUCUUCAAGU